GGCAGAGCAGAGCUCUGAAGCUCUGUCCUUCCUCUCGAGGAAGACGAAGACGACGACGACGACAACGAAGAAGAAGAAGAGAUGGAAGGUUGCAGGAGGAGGGGCAGUGGGUUGGACAGCCUCCCGAGCAACCUGUUGAUCAACGAAAUCCUUCGCAGGCUGGACUUGCCGUCUCUCUGCACCUUAUCAUGCGUCAGCACGUCCCUCCGCUCCGCCGCCGACCAAGCCCUCUCUCUGCUGCCAUCUCUUGACAUCUCCGAAAUCUCGCCCGAUGUCCGUACUCUCAAUCACAUUUUCUCGAGGUGCAGGGGCGUCGACACCCUCACGGUAAACUGCCUCCGCCUCAAUGAUCUCGACGUUGAUGCUUUCCUCGGCCCGCAUGUCCGGGAGCUGAACCUGUUUCACGGCGCAUUGCUGUCUCCUCGAGUUCUUGCUUCCGUCACACAUAGGUGUGCCAACUUAAGAGUGCUGAUGGUGGAAAUGGGUGAUUGUGGUGACCGGCCCCUUUGGGAGUACCUUUCGGCAUUGCUGAUGAACUGCAUUCACUUGGAGUCUCUUUGCAUAAAGACUCGAAUGAUAGGAUCGAGCUUGUCUUCUUUCCAAUGGAUUCCUAUGUUAUGGUCCAAGAAUGUUAAAUCUCUGAAGCUGCACCCAGUGUAUUGCGGGGAGGCAUUUAGCAUCAUGCAGGGAUUGUCACCCGAACCGGCGGGCAUUAGCAGUUAUCAACUUCUGUCUCCAUCCUCCGGUUUCACUCUGCAGAAGUUGUCCCUUUACUUGGAUGUCAUAACAGAUGACCUCAUCGUUAUGAUCACCAGAAAAUUACCUCAUCUGGUUGAGCUCAGCUUAGAAGACAUGCCGGUGAAGGAACCAUCCAUUUCACAUGAUUUGACAGACGUGGGAUUUCAGUCCUUGAGCUCUUGCCACCACCUGAGGAGCCUCUCUCUCGCGCGGAACAGGCAGUAUUGCCCAGUGUCUUUCAAAAGAGUCAGCAACAUGGGGAUCUUCCUCUUCUCCGAGGGCUGCAAGGGCCUGGAAUUGAUCAGACUCAGCGGAUUCUCUAAAGUUAGUGAUGCAGGCUUCACAUCAAUCCUCCAAUCAUGCCGCAACCUUAAGAAGUUUGAAAUUCGCAACGCUCCAUUAUUGUCGGACUUGUCAUUCCAUGAUCUAGCUAAGGCUCCAUGUUCCCUCUCCGAGCUGAGAAUUCGGUCAUGUAACCUUAUAACCAGUGAGACCGCGAAGAAACUUGCCUGUUACAGCAGCUUAGAGCUGCUCGAUUUCGGUGGAUGCUGGAGCAUUGCAGAUCUCGGGGUUUCCUCGAUUUCAUCUCUCUAUGGACUGACAACCUUGGAUCUAGCCGGAGCUGAUAUUACAGAUACUGGCUUAUCUACUCUAGGUCAAGGCACUUCGCCCAUCAAAAGCUUGUCGCUCCGAGGCUGCAAAAGGGUGACAGAUAAAGGAAUCUCUUACUUGCUGCAAGAUAGGGGAAUAAUCAGGAACACUCUGUCGACCCUCGACUUGGGCCACAUGCCAGGAAUAUCUGAUUUGGCCAUUCACAUGAUUGUUGGGUCCAGUGCAGGAAUCACUGAGCUAUGUAUAAGGUCUUGCUUCCAUGUCACAGAUUCUGCCGUUGAAGCAUUGUCUAAGAGAGGGAGUCCAGCGAUCCGGAAGCUCGAUCUCCAUAGCUGCACUGGGCUGUCAUCUGCAUCGAUAGGAUUUCUGACAAGACCUUUGUUUAAAGGACUCUGGUGGAUCGGUGUGGGAGCCACUCAUUUAAGUAAUGGAAGGUCUAAUUUGUCGGAAAUUCCUGCGGAGCGCCCGUGGCUCACUCUCUGCGCCCAUGGUUGUGAAAUGGGUUGCCAUGACGGAUGGCAGUUCCACGCAGAGGGCUCUCAGUCCCCCCAAUACGAAACCGAACUUGGAGGAAGAUGACCAGACUCUCAUUUCAUUUUUAUAUUAGAAGUAGAAUGACUAGUCCGCUCCUUUAUCAUCUCAUGAGAUUUGUAGCCAUUUUAUUCAUUAGAGUCGGACCGAACCUUUAUUGCCUAGUUCUUCAUGGCUGCUGGAAUGCGGGGAUGGACCUUGAAACCA